GUUAGCUGGAAAAGGAAGAGAGAGAGAGAGAGAAGAAGGUGCGAGAGAGGGACGAAGCUGCAAGGAAUCCUCGCCGAGGCGAGGAACGAUUCCUAGUCUCUUCCUUCCGCGGAAGAAAAAGCUUCCCAUUUCUCCCCCGCGUCCUUCCUUCGUAUAUAUCCAUUACCUGCUCGCCGACGAGAUUCCCAAAUUCGUUCUUCAUCGGCCGUUCCAACGCCUUACUCGAUUCCAUUCCUUCCUCCUGCCGAAGCUCGACCUUCCACCGGCCUUUAAUUCCCUCUCGCUUUGUGCCGGACGACGUCGAUCUCUCGCCCAGCGGUGCGGAUCUCGGGUUGGUUCUGUGAUUUCGAGGUUUUCCGGUUUUGAAAAUGGCGGAAGAGCACCGGUUUCAGGCCCCGAGGCUUUGCGUCAACAACUGCGGCUUCUUCGGUAGCCCGGCGAUGCAGGAUCUCUGCUCCAAAUGCUACCGGGAUCUCCAGAUGAAGGAGCAGCAAUCCUCCAGCGCCAUGAUCGCCCUCAACCAGACCCUAGGCUCCCCAGCCACCUCAUCAUCAUCUCCGUCUCCGAUGAUCUUAACGCCUCCCUCCGACUCGGUCCCUUCUUUUACAGCCCGCGAGGUGGCCGCGACAGAGGAAGCGGCGGUGGCUCCUGCCGCACAGCCGAAUCGGUGCUCGACCUGCAGGCGGCGCGUGGGGCUGACAGGGUUCAAAUGCCGGUGCGGCCUCACCUGCUGCAGCUCGCACAGGUACCCGGAGGAGCACGCCUGCGGCUUCGAUUUCAAGGGGAUGGGCAGGGAGCAGAUAUCCAAGGCCAACCCCGUCAUCAAAGCUCCAAAACUCGACAAGAUAUGAUUCGUAGUUCGUCAUCUAAGUCGUAGUUCGUCAUUUCAUUUCCGCACCGUGUUAUCCGAUGAAAAUCGACAAGAUAUUGCAAUGUAAAAGAUUGAGAUUCUAAGCUGUCAUGCAUAUGAUAUAAAGUAUAGUCGUCUUUCUGCGUGAAA